GAAUUUUGCGCGAACAUUCCUGACACAUGUGUGCAGAUCUUUCGAAGCUUGCGAAAGGGUUUCUUUCUUACAUGACAUGCGUGCGGAGGCCUAAAAGAGUUCGACGUAGACAAUUGCGAUUAAAAGUCUUCAGUAAAACUCUUGGUCGUUGUCAUUGAGGAAGAAGCACUUACAGUCGAACUCUUCUCUCAUCAAGAACCAUUUGAUGCUAUACAAGACGAGAAACAGGCUAUUGCAGCUAUUGCUGCAAUGAGUGAUCAUAAACUACAGAAAAGUGUCGCAAAUAAUGCUAAACUUAAUGUUAACACAGACCUCCACUUGAAACGUGUCCCAGUAUUCGUGAGUGACAGUAAGGGACGGUAUCUGAAAGCUGUUGCAGAAAGCAAGGAUUCUGUGCAUGUAGAAUGGUUUUGUAAGAGUGGUUCUGCUUCAAUAGAUACUUACAAUUGGCUCUGUAGAAAUCUUGAGAACUUGCGUACAAAGUACCAUGAAAUAAGUCUGUAUAUAUGGACUGGAACAUGCGAUUUUACAGUUAAAGAGAAAAAAUUUAUUUCACUAAGAAAAUCACCAAAUGACGGCUUAGAAUCAUUAAAAACUUACCUUUUGAAAAUUAAAGAAUUGUGUUCCAGUGCAAAGGUGAAACUCACCUUUCUCCAAAUACCUUAUUACUCCAUUCAGUUGUGGAAUAAAGCAAAAGGUCAUCCCGAACCAGACCAGUUCAAAUCUGAUGACAAACGCUUGAACACUCUCAUAGAUGCUGCAAACGAGUUUAUAGAUAGUCUUAACUGUGCACUUGGAUCAUAUUCUCCUAAGUUAAAUCAGGACUUGGUCCGAAGUCGAAAGAAGAAGGGUCAGAAAGCGCGUUAUUCCAUGAAUUUCAACCUUCUCAGAGAUGGAAUUCAUCCGGGAAAAAAUCUGUCACAGACCUGGCUAGCCAACAUUCGCAAGAAGAUUAUUGCUGACUGUGCUUAACUCUGCACAGGCAGGGAUUGCCCAGCCGUGCACCAAUUGACAGUAAUCAUAGGCAGGGAUUGCCCAGCCAUGAUUUGCAACAUUAUUUCUUUAUUUUGAAUGUUUUACUCUGACCUUGUAAAGUAACACGGACGAAGUUCACUCUGGUUUAAAUUUCAGGGCUGUUAUAUAAUUUCUUUACUUAAAUUUGGGGAUUCUUCGUCCAUGCUGCUACAUUAUAGUACAUAUGUAAAUUUAGAUGUGUUUCUAUGUAAUUUAGUGGGCACUCUCAUGUUUUUCUUAGCAUUUGUAUAUUGUUAACAAACUUUUUGUGUCAAGCUAGGUACUUAUCUUUAAGGGGCAUCAUGUCUGAUUCAGAAACAGAUCCGAGGGAUCGAACCUUAACUGAAAAGGGUCUUGACUACCAAGUUAAUUUGUUAAAGGGUAAAUUUAAAUCAGGACUUUCCACAUGGCGUCGUCAUUUUUCUCAAGCAUUAAUUUUAAUAACUGAUUCUGAGGACAUUUGUACUAUUAAGGAACAUAGAAAGUUGUUAAAUAGUUCACUUGAGAACUUGACAGACAUAUUUGAGAGAUUAAGGGCCUUAGUUGAGGAUUUGCAAGAUGAACAGUUUCCAGAGGGUGAGAAAUUUGAACAAGUAGAAUUAGAGCUCCAAAAUGUCAUGCAACAAAUUACGAAUUGUAUACAAAGGUAAGAAUUCAAACAGGAUGAGGUUGGUUCUCGUGUUUCGAAUGUCUCAUAUCGUAGUGUUGCUUCUAGGAACACUAGAAGGUCAAAUAUUUCUAGAAUUUCUGAUGCUGCAGCAAAAACAGCCAAGGUGAAGGCUGAACUUAAGUAUAUAGACAUAGAAUCCCGUUCCAAGGCUGAAUUACUGAAAGUUCAAACUAUGAAAAAAUUAAAAUGGCUCAAGCAGAAUUUGAUGUCUUAAAUAUAGAUUGUAACCAGUCUGAUCUUGAUCCAAGGGUGCCUA